AUGGCCACCAUAGGUCAGAUGUACGACUUCGAUACCGAGAUCGCCACAUUUUUCUCUCAGACCUCUGUGAGCCGCGAGGAGUGUGACCAAGUCGCAAAGGAUCUCGUUGGUCACAGCCAAGUCGUCCCAGUGCCAAUACAGGGCGUCUGCUCGUAUACGGUCUACGCUGGAGAGCAGCUUGAAUUCGUUGUCCAGUUCCGCCUGAAGUCCCUCCAGCUCAAGCUUGAAACAGUCACUCUCGCACGCCAGAUCUAUGGUGAGCUCGUACCGGAGGUGUCCUUCAGGACGCAGCUGGGCGAGGACGCGGCAACAGCCGGCCAGGAGCCUCUCCUGGUGUACGUCAUGACCCGAAUCCUCGGGCCCAGCCGCCUCGACUUCAUAAUCGCCGACAAGUUCCCCGAUAACUCGCCGGAGAACAAGGCUCGCCGGAGGAACUUGGUGAAGGAUGUUGCAAGGUUCUUCGCCACUGCAUGGAAAGCGCCGCAGCAUGUCGAGCCAGCAUACCAUGAUCACAUGGCCGAGACGUUCAACAAGGACCUGCAGAGUUUGCUCGUCGCCCUUCCCACUCGCUUUCACCCAAUCAUCCGCGCCACGAUAAAAUCUUUGCCGAAGAUUCUCAAUCUCCCCAUGGUGCUGACACAUGGAGACUUCUUCGAGUCAAACAUCAUCGUCGACGAGUCCUCUUACCACCUGGCCGGUGUCAUUGAUUGGGCAGAGGCGGAAAUCACUCCCUUCGGUGUGAACCUCGUGUCUCCGCAGUUGUUGAUGAGCAAGCUGCACUUGAGGGAUGGGUAUAUCAGAUACGAUGACUACGAUGAGUUGACUGGCCUGUUCUGGAGCACCUUCACCAGUGAGGCGGGCGGGCUGAGCGUGGACACCAUCAAGACCAUCAAAGCGGCAAGAGUCCUCGGUGUGCUGCGCUCCAAGGGAUUCACCGCAAGGCUCAGGAAUAUGGCUACGCCGGUCCCGAUCGGGGACGACGCGAUUGGGAGGUAUAACAUGAUGCAACUGGAUGGACUGUUGCUCAAUCCUGCCACGCGUUUCGAGGACAUGGAUGAAUAUUUGGCUUAG